CCCCCCCCUCUCCCCAAAUCCCCCCCCAUAGGACUCGGCUGCGGACGGAGCCGCCGUCACCAUGGGCAACAUCUUCGGGAAUCUGCUGAAGAGCCUCAUUGGGAAGAAGGAGAUGCGCAUCCUGAUGGUGGGGCUGGACGCCGCCGGGAAAACCACCAUCCUCUACAAACUGAAACUGGGGGAGAUCGUCACCACCAUCCCCACCAUCGGGUUCAACGUGGAGACGGUGGAAUAUAAGAACAUCAGCUUCACGGUGUGGGACGUGGGUGGGCAGGAUAAGAUCCGGCCCCUAUGGAGGCAUUACUUCCAGAACACGCAGGGUAGGAUGGGGGUGGGAUGGGGGGCUGUGGGG